AUGAACCGUCAACUUGCUCUUCCCGCUGCACGUUGGGCGCCAAGGCAAUCGUUACUUCCAUUUGGUGUCACUCGAUUGCAGAUUCGUCUCAAGUCUUCAAAGUGUAAAUCCAAACAGAAGAAAAGCAAGAUGAGCGACAAGUCGCUUCGCGUGGCCAUUGAAGGCUGUGGUCAUGGCACCCUCAACGCAAUCUACUCUACCAUCACGGCCUCAUGUAAGGAGCGCAACUGGGAUGGCGUCGAUGUCCUCAUCAUCGGCGGUGACUUUCAGGCCGUCCGCAACGCCGAUGACCUGACAGUCAUGUCCAUCCCGGCCAAGUAUCGUGAACUGGGCGACUUCCCUGACUAUUACAGUGGGAAAAGAAAGGCCCCCUAUCUCACCAUCUUUGUUGCUGGCAACCACGAAGCAGCAUCUCAUCUGGCAGAGCUGCAUUAUGGCGGCUGGGUCGCCCCAAAUAUCUACUAUAUGGGCGCCGCCAACAUUCUUCGACUGGGACCCAUUCGAAUCGCUGGCAUGAGUGGCAUCUGGAAGGGCCACGACUAUCGCAAACCCCAUCAUGAGCGUCUCCCCUUCAACCAGAGCGAUACCAAGUCUUUCUAUCAUGUUCGCGAGAUCGACGUUCGAAAGCUGUUGCAGGUGCGAACACAGGUGGAUAUUGGCAUCAGCCACGACUGGCCGCGAGGGAUCGAGAAGCAUGGUGACGCCAACCGGCUCUGGAAGAUGAAGCCCGAUUUUCAGAGGGAGUCACACGAUGGGUCGUUGGGAAACCCGGCUGCGGAUUAUGUCCUGAACCGCCUCCGGCCACCGUACUGGUUCUCUGCUCACUUGCAUUGCAAGUAUUCUGCCAUUAAAAAGUUCGAUCCUCCUACCGCAGAGCCUCAACCAUCUGCAUCAGCAACACUUCCGGAAUCAGCCACGGUCCCGCCAGCUGUCCUUGCGCAUAACCCGGAUGAGAUCGACCUCGACCUCGAAGAGGAAGAAACCCCAGCCGCUCCCGCACAGAACCCCGAUGAAAUCGACCUUGACCUCGACGAGGAAGAAACCCCUGCUGGUCCAUCCACCAGCUCAGCCCCUAUUACCACCACCUCAUCCAAGCCCCAAUCUGAAGAGCAACAAACCGACGCCCUCCGCUCCCUCCUCCCAUCCACCUUUUCCAAACCUACCCCCCAAAUCCAAACCACCCCCGGCCAACCCGUCCCCCAAACCAUAACCAACAACACAACCCGCUUCCUGGCUCUAGACAAGUGCCUCCCCGGCCGAGCCUUCCUCCAACUAAUGGAGAUCCCCUCCCCCACCACCAUCACCCGCCCAGUGAAGCUAGCCUACGACAAGGAAUGGCUCUCCAUCCUCCGGGCCUUCCACCCGCCGAUCAAAUCCACUUUUGGCAUCCGCGGUGCCCCGGUCCCGGAGGACAAAGGGGAGGAGUACUACCUUGGUUUGAUCAGGGAGAAUGAGGAGUGGGUGGAGGAGAAUUUGGUGAAGAAGGGGAAGAUGGAGGUUCCGGAGGAUUUUGAGGUGACGGCGCCGGUGAUGGAGGGGGGUUGGGAACGGGGACGGGAGGUUCAGCCUAGGGAGUAUACUAAUCCGCAGAUGGCAAGGUUUUGUGAGCUGUUGGGGGUGGAGAAUUAUUGGGAUGCGAGUGAGGAGGAGAGGGAG